CACUCACAUUAAAAUAACCAGCAUGUCAUUUUAUCAUUUUCGUGAAUAAUACUCUUUCUUGACUCAUCCAAUCAGAUUUGCAACUUUCAAGUUUCUCCCUUCUUCACUCGCAUCGCAUCUCUUGAUUCUCUCUCAAAGACAAUGAUCAUAACCAAGCAGUACCGAUGCAUACACUCCGCUAGUUGUAUGUGCACAAAAGGCCAUAUAAGUGAAGAUGUCAUCUUCCUACUUCUUCAACAUUUAAACUGGAAUCCCAAAAUAAUAGCGGCGCUUUCUUGCGUCUGCAAAUGGUUUGACGAUCUUGUGAAACGAGUCCUGUGGAAGGAGUUUUGUAGAACACGAGCCCCCAAAAUGAUGCAUGAUCUUCAAUCUAGUGGCAGCCACAGUGUAGAUGGAAACUGGAGUGCGCUCGGGAAGCUUCUUAUCUAUUGUUCAGGGUGCAAAAAAGACGGUUUAUUUAACAAAAUUCACAUUCCGGGUCACUUUGCUUACAGGACUCGGUUUUCUAGAACUUCUGGUAAAAGCUUUCUUUUACCAAAUUGUCGAUCCGAUGUGUUGUAUGUAUCUGACCCGUGCGAGCAUUUGGACCAAGGAGAAGAAGGGGAUGUGGGUUUCUUCCGAGGGGUAUUUAAGUCAUUUGCUACAUCAAAGGUGCGUAAGAUGCUUAUUAGAAAGAAUGCCAAAUUUCACCCAACAGAAUUUUGCCCCUAUUGCAAAGGGAAGCUGUGGAGCAUGUUGCAGGCUAAGAUGAUCCCACAAAGUGCCAGCUGUCGGUUGGGGGCGUAUGAAGAUUGCAUCGAGUAUUAUGUGUGUCUCAAUGGACAUGUUCUUGGUGUUUGUACCCUUUUGCCCCUAUCUGAUUCAGAAGGGGUCUCGGAAUUUGAUUGAUUUGAUGUGCUAACAGUUCAUUCAGGUACUUGAUUGUGAACUACCUGUUUGGUUAGGAUUGUAAGAUGGGCAUUGGUUAGAAACGUGCUGCCUUAUCAACUUGUUUUCGAGUCCAAGCUGCGAUCAUAUGUUGUGAGAUAUAUUCUUGUUAAACGCGAUGCUGGUUUUUGAACUAUUAGAUGGAUCCGAAAAGAUGUUGGUGUCACUUAUAUGGGUGUAAAAUGUUGACGGCUAUGUGCUCCAGUGUAGUACAUGUGGUUUUGUUUAUGCGAUUCGACGUGUAACAUGUUAAACGGGUCGGGUUAAUAAAACAGAUGAAUUGUUUUUUACUCAGUAUUUUAACAUAUUUCAACA